AUGCAGAUGCCAAGAUUUGCAGUGCCAGAAGCUUUGGUGACGGAAAUCCUGUCUAAGCUUCCAGUUAAGUCCGUUAUUCGUUUCAACUGCGUUUGUAAGUAUUGGUGUUCUUUUCAAACUCCUCGUUUCAUUUCCAAGCAUUAUCACAACAACAUUAAAAACAAUAGCCUUAUUCCCCUUCUCCAGCGAUUUGAUGGCAACGCCGAUCUCGCUUUUUUCUCUCAACUUUCAGUAGUAAAAGAUGAAAACUUUUUAGUAAAACAAAACAUUCACUUUCCUUUUUUCAUUCACGAUUCCCCCUAUGUUUGGGGUGCUCGUCAUGGAUUAUUUUGUUUACAUAGUUCUUGCAUGGAGGAUACAGAGGUUGCCAUUUGGAACCCAUCAACUAGAGAAUUUAAAAUCCUUCCUCCAUCCUCUGUCCAACGACCUACUUACCCAGGCCUUACCUGUGACCUUGUUGUUUUUGACUGCGGUGCUUUCGAGUUUGAUUUUAAGGCUGAUGACUACAAAUUCAUACGAUUUGUUACUUUUCUUUUUGUUGAUAGUGAAUGUGGAAUUGAAAGUCCUGAUGAUGUGACCCAAGUUGAGUUGUAUUCUCUUAAAUGCGAUUCUUGGAAGGAAAUUCCAUCUCCUAAUUAUAGACCGUUUAAUUCAUAUUUGAAUAAUAAUUGCUUAGAUGGAAUUUGUUAUUGGCAAACAGCAAUGGGGAACUCUCCUGAUGAAAAAGUAAUGAUUCUUUCAUUUGACAUGGCUAAUGAGAAGUUUUCGGUUUCACCUAUCCUUGAAUUUGUCCCGUUUUUCUCAAAAACCAAUAGUGAAGUAUUGGUGUUUAAUGGAUCAGUUGGUGUUCUUGUUUACUCUGUGGAAGGAAUUGACAAGUCUUUUGAUUUAUGGGUUGUGAAUGGAGGAGUAUGGACUAAACAAUUCAGUAUUGAAUCUAUUCCUGGAGUUGUCAACCCAUUGGGGUUUUGGAAAAAUGAUGAAUUGUUUCUUUUAAACACAAAUUAUGAAGUAGUCUUGUUUGAUCCCUCCACCCAAGAGCUUAAGGUGCUUGGGAUCAAUACUUACCUGGAUCAUCAUCGAGAGUACGUCUCCCUCUUUUUUUAUGCUGAGAGCCUGGUUUCAAUCAAUGGAAUACAAGAGCAUAAGGAUCAUAUAAUACAUCAACUAGUUGGAGAUGCAUCAAAUAUAGAUCAAGUAGAUACUAAAUAUGAUGAUGGAUAG